GUGGCUGGGGCGCCUGCGCAAACCAGCUGCCUCACGAGCACUGGAGCUUGCGUUACUUGGCCUCACCUCACCUGUGCUGUCCACGCCUGGCUUUGUCUCACCUGACGCGAUAUGCCUCUCCUGCGUGGGCGCUGUCCUGCCCGCCGCCACUACCGCCGCUUGGCCCUGCUCGGCCUGCAGCCCGCUCCCCGCUUCGCCCACUCGGGGCCCCCGCGCCAGCGGCCCCUGUCUGCCGCGGAAAUGGCUGUUGGACUUGUGGUGUUUUUUACGACCUUCUUAACACCAGCUGCAUAUGUGCUAGGCAACCUGAAGCAGUUCAGAAGGAAUUAGAUGGAAGAUGAUGUUGAACAGCUGUUAACGUCCAAAAAACUUUCAGAAAAAGCUGUGUUUUUGUUAACGAGCAAAAUUGCCUAGUUGAGUCGAUGCAACCAUUGUGGUAUUCACUUUCCUCAUGUUUAUGAUGAAUAUUUUGCACUUUUUUAGUACUGUGCAUUAUAUAGAUGUAUAGUCAAAAAUGUUCUGCUUAAGUGUUAAAUAAAACGGAAACACUUAUUCGUGCUUGGUAA